AUGGUCGAGAAAAACCCGGAUCCCCCGAGGAGAUCGUCAUCCCAAACUUCAGAUACCUCCAGCAAGAGCAACAAGCCAAGAAACCGCAAUCGUCCCCACAAAAGUUCUUCCAACGCUUCGAGUCUUGCAUCACCCAAACCAGACCCCUCCUUGACCUCAUUUCCUUCCCUCUUGCCAGAUUCACCUCCCAUCAACAAAGAAGGCUUGCAACUACCAAAGCCAACCAAGCUGAACAGAACAGUGUCUCAAAAGGUCAAAGAUAGGAAAGCGACUCUUAGAGGUUUGACAAGCGCCUCUCCGCCUUUAACGGGGCGGAAUGCGCUUUUCGACGAUUCUCCAAGAUCAUCGCUUGAUGUGCCGGGCGCCCUUCACCUAGCGAACGACGAGCAUAUCGAAAGGCUGAUAGCUUGUUCUGGGGCGGUAAAGCUUGUUCGUCAGUUUGCUCAGGAUCUCGCUCAGCGAGAUGCGGAAAUAUCCGCUCUACGAGUUCGGGCCGAUGAGAGGGAACGAGAAUUGAAGAAGAUGCUGCGGGAAGUCGAAGUGUCUAGCGCCGAGAUAGAGAAGAGGCUGCGGAGACUAGAGUCUCCAGAUGAAGAGGGUGAACUCGGGAGAAGCGGCGCGGCCGGACCUGGGAUACCGCCCUCAAGAAAGCUCGCACAUACCAUUGAUGGUAUGAUGCAUGAAGCUAUGUCGGAAGACGUUGGAAGCCAUAGAGCCAGCAUGGGCAGUGACGAUGUUGUGGACUUCGCUGCGACCAUCAAACCUAUCAAGACCGAUAAAGAAUCCAAAUCAAGGCAGUCUACCUGGGAGUCUACAGGAAAUAGUGCUACUUCCGACAAAGGAUGGCAAGGUUACAUUUGGGGCAGCACUACAGGCAGCCGCAAGACAAGCACAUCUAGCAGCAUCAUCAGCCAAGAAAUAGGAGAUGGUGGUGCUACGGCAAAACCGCGUCAGAGCAGCUCCAACGGCACUCGAAGGAAAGGUCUGAAUAACCUCUUUCAGCCUCCAAAUCAACCCACUAGCAGCAGUUAUUUCAUAGGGGGGCCGAAGAUGAGAGCUUCAAGCAAGCCUCAAAAUGCAGAUGAUGCGAGCGUGCAUUCGAAGCAAUCCACUAGAUCGAUGACAUCGAUGACAUCGUGGACUAUGAAAUUGUUCGCCGGCAACCAGCAAGCAGCCAAAGAUUCAACAGUGCCCACCAACUCGAGACGUAGAUCGUCGUCUCUAGGACAGGGUGGUUCCGGUGUACGCACGACAUCAGCAACCGCGGCUGAAUCUGCCAUGGCAGCACUAACCAAGACGGUCUCUCACCAACCUCAUUCUUCGAAACCAGCUGGUACGGUCCGUGGUCCGAGCCAAGGCGUGCGCAGAGUGCCUACUCCAAGCAAUGCGACUUCUGAUAGUCCAGAGCACGCAAGGUCUUCCUCCAACGUAGAACAUCUAGGUCCGGUGGAAAUGGACGCCAUUCUACCUUCGGAGUCCAAGCCGCCCACAAUGACCCAGACAUACAAUAAAUACCAAGCAGAAGGCCUCCUGACUGAUCGUUUCGGCUUCAUCUAUGACCAAAGACAGAGGAAGAGGCGCCGAGACACUUUACCGAGCAUGAAAAAUGGGGAUCAGCUUAACAACCUCGAGUCACUGGCGAAUUAUAGACAUGACCCUGACAGCGAAGAAGAUAUCUUGCUACCAGCUGCUACUGGCAGGGUGAGCGGCAUAACGUCCCCUGCUCCAAGACCUGCGACGCCUGCUUCUACUGAUGAACAGGCAGACGUGGCUGCACCACCCAAGAAAUGGCAAGAUUAUCUCAAGGUCUCGAAUCUAAAGCGCCCAACGGAGCUCCUCUUACACACCCCCUCUGCCGGCGCCAUCGUUACCGUCAAUACCGCUGAUGCUACUACGACCAUUAGACCGCCUAGUACCCGAGCGACAUCUAUUUCCGUCAGUGCUCGGAAUGUCUUACCCACAGCAAGUAGUGCUGCAGAACCGAAUCUCUCUCUAGCUACCUCAUCCGUCGCGGAAUCAGCAAGUAAUCGAGCGGAGAGAAGUGCCGCUGCGGCUUGUGAGAGUACGACUGCAGAGACCAGUCCCACAACGGACCAGGAGCCUGUUAAAUUGCUGCUGGAUCGACUUACUGAGCUUCAUGACUCGCUUCAGGCAGAAAAAGAGACGAAAUGGAAUGAGUUCCUGCGCAAAGUACGUGCAGAGCGGACGUCCUCGACACCCACAGAUCGACCUUCGAAAGUAACCAACGCGCCGGAAGCUGAAAUAGUCAACGGCGAGUUGAUUGGCAUUGCUACACUGGGCCGUCCCAAUAAAUUCAACCGUAACAAAUACAUCCAGUUCAAGAACCUUGUUCUGCAAGGCAUUCCGGUCUCGCUACGGCCUAAGAUUUGGUCCGAAUGCUCCGGCGCGAAUGCGCGACGCAGCCCGGGGUAUUAUGAUGACCUGGUCUUCCGAUCUGAAAAUGGUGAAGAUCUCGACCCUGAGAUCGUAAGCCAGGUCAAUGCCGACAUUGGCAGAACACUGACAGACAACACAUAUUUCCGCCACGGUCCUGGGGUUCCACGGCUCAAGACAAUCCUUCUCGCAUACUCGAUCCACAACCCCAGCGUAGGCUAUUGCCAGGGGAUGAACCUGAUUACAGCCUCCCUCCUUCUCAUCAUGCCCACCCCGGAAGACGCGUUCUGGAUCCUGGUCGCCAUUAUUGAAAACAUCCUCCCUUCUGGCUACUUCGACAAGGGUCUCGUCGUCUCCCGUGCAGACCAAACCGUGCUCCGCAGCUUCGUAUGUGAAGUCCUACCCAAACUCAGCGCCCACUUCGAAGAUCUCGGCGUUGAGCUUGAGGCGUGUAGCUUUAUGUGGUUCCUCUCCCUCUUCACGGGCUGUCUGUCAGCUGAAGCACUCUACCGAGUCUGGGACGUGGUAUUAUGUCUAAACAGCUCUGACGCCCCUCCGGGAGCAGUGAAAGACGUUGAACACCAACCAGCAAAGGUAUUAUCAAAGUCUCCAUUAGGCCCGAAAUCACACCCCGGGACGUCGAGUCCAUUCCUCUUCCAGUUGUGUCUGGCGCUUUUGAAGUUGAAUGAGUCCCAGUUGCUGGCUUUGAGUUCACCGGCCGAGGUGUACUCGUAUGUCAAUCAUAAUAUGACGAAUCACGCAAUCAGUAUUGAUGGACUUAUCUCCGCGAGCGAGGCGUUGAGGAAGGUAAUCAAGCGUGAGGAUGUGCUGGCGAGGCGGGCCAAGGCUGUGCAGCAGAUUAGUGCAUAA